GGUGUUGGACUAGAUGACCAUUGACGUCUCAUCCAACUCUACGAUUCUGUGAUUCUACGGACACAGGAAUAAUCUUCCCUGCGCUUGGGAACCUUGAUAUUGCAUGGAGGCUCCUAAAUACAUUCAGCUGAACAGGUAAAAGUAUUCCUGCUCAGUGUGGCAAUGGUGGAAUAGGAGCUGACAUGCAUAGUGGAGUUGAAGGGAGAGCUGGCAUGUGCUUUUUCCUAUGCAGGUUUGGGCAAGGACACCUGAAUAGGGUUCUGGAUUCCCUGUUAAUUCGUCUACUCAUUCCUUUUCUCAGAAAGUUCAGUCUGCUUGAUCCCAUCCCACUUUCGGAGCAAACUUUUUCCGUGUGCUGCAGCCAAUUUAUCGGUUGUCUGUGAGUUCACCGGGGCAAAUGUGCAAAUUCAGCAUUUGUCAAGCGUUUGGGCGGGGGAUGAACAAGCAAAAACGCAAGUUUGCAAGUGUAGGAGGAAGAGGGAUAAAUGAAGGGGAAGCAGGCCAAGGCUUAUACCAGGACAGAGAGGCACAAUAGUCAACAGAAACAUUAUUCAUCUGAACUAGAAGUCCUUCCAAGCACGGCCCAAAACACAACAGGAACCUCAAACGACACAAUUGUCCCUUAGCUGGAACUGGAAGCGUGUUUGUGGAUGUGAGCGAAUGCUAGGGAUGGAUAAACCUGUCAAUUUCAGUUCCACUGUUUCUUAUUUUUUCAGUCUUCAGUUCAGAUUGCCCCAUGUCCACAUCACUUUGCAGAAAAUAAAAAUCCUCUUGAGAACUCACCAGUGCUUUGGUGCAUGUUUCUCCAAAUAAACAGCUUAGCAAGCAAUUUAUCUUAAUAUAAUGCAUUUUUAUAUGCCAUGCUCACUAUUUUUUUAAAAUGCAAACUUUCCCCUGAUAUAUAUUCAUUUGUGUACUUGUUCCCGGAUCCGAGAAGUGCAGAUUUUGAAGAAUAGCUAUGUUUUGGUUCAUGUAUUUUUUUUGCGGAACUGCCAAUUGAAUAGGUUAAUGGACCCCUCUGGCGAACCAGAGCAGCGCACGGAAACGCCGUUGAUCUUCCCGCCGGAGUGGUACCUAUUUAUCUACUUGCACUUUGACGUGCUUUGGAACUGCUGGGUUGGCAGGAGCAGGGACCGAGCAAUGGGAGCUCACCCCAUCACGGGGAUUGGACCUUCUGAUCGGCAAGUCCUAGGCUCUUUGGUUUAACCCACAGCACUACCCGUGGCCCUUUGCUAAUUGAAUAGGUUCGCAUUAAAAUGUGAAAUGAGCAGUACUUCUCCCCCUGUCUUUAGUGAAUACACAAGAAGCUGCUCCUCUUUUAUAAAUAUAAUUUUUAUAAAGCCCCUAACAAAACACAAAGCUGAAAUCCUACACAUACACAGCUGGGAGUAAGUCCGACUGAUCUCAGUGGGACUUCUUCCGAGCAGACAUGAAUAAGAUUGCACUGCCAGCCCUAAAGUGAUGCCCCUGGAACAUUGCAGUACUUGGAAGUGCAAGGAGCGUGUAAUGACAACAUAAAAAUGCUACCUGUGGCAAUUAAUCUGUGACGACGCAUUCACAUAUCCAAGCCAUUAUUUGAUGCUAUAUAGCCAAGAAGCAACGGCAGAGUUUACGAGGGAAUUUCACUAGCUGUCUUCUAACUAAUGCCUGCCUGCCAACAACCCAUUCUCUGGGGAAUUGCAGGCCCCAGGCUAAUAAUUAACAUCCUCCAGGGAUUAAUUGACCAAAGGGCACCAAUACAAAUAAGUCCUCUGUUUUGUGCUAGUAUCCUGCAGUUGCCUGAGUGCCAGAGAAUCAGUGCAACCGACUCAGGUGAGUUGGUUCAAAAAGUGGAGGGGUUUGGGGGCCUAUAGGUAUGGGGCUGGUGGAAGGUGAGAUAUAAAGUCUGUUUCGGAUGGUGAGUUAUUAACUAACUGGAAGGAUAAGACAAAGAAAUAAAGAGAGAGGAAUGGUAGCUAAUACAGACAUUCCUAGACUACAACACCCAUCAUCUCUGACAACAUAUGGAUGGCAGAUGGGUAAGGAUGGAAGGAUUAGUCAAUCUCACUCACAUUUCCAAUCUUCCAAAUUUCACGUUUCUGCAGCAAGUGUUGGAUUUUGUUUUUAAAUACCCAUGAAAAUUCUUCAACAUUUUAGUACGGAUUUCUUCUGAUGAACACAAGUUUUGACUAAUUUUUGCGAGCAAUUUCCCAUAAUAUAAUGAAUUUCUGUACGUUGUUUUAAUGCAUGCAUUCAUUUUAAAUGCACGUUUCCCCUGAGUAUAUACAUUUUUGUAAACCUUGGAUGUUUAUAGAGAUGCAUCGCAACAUUAGGAUAAAUGCAAAUUUCGAAAGAUGGGGGCGUUUCGGUUCUCAUAUUGUUUUGGAAAGUGUGAUAGAUUCACUUUUAAAGGCAAAGAAGACGUUUUAAUGGAAAGAAGGAGAAGUCCCAACGAAAGAAGAAUGGAUACAAAAACUUAUGGAAUACGCAGAAAUGGCAAAAUUUACCGAAAAAAUAAGAACUCAAGAUAACAAACUUUUUAUAAAAGAAUGGAAAUUUAUUGGAUAUUUACAAACAAACUGUGAACAGAUAAGAAAACUGGCAGGCUUAAUGUAAUAACCUGCAGUUUUAUAAGAGUAUACAUUUAAAGUAGAUGAAUAAAUGUUUAAGUUAAUUUGGAAUAUGCAGGAAAUAUAAAAAAUAAAUUUAAGGAACCACAGAAAGAGGGGGAAGGAAGUCAAGUUUAGAAAUGUUAAAAUUAUUGUAAAAUUAUUGAAAUGUAUAAAAUUGAAAUUUUAUAUAUAUAUAUAAUGAAAACUGAAUAAAAAAUCUGCUCUACGCCAAACCAUAGGUUCCUCACCCUUGAUACAGAGGCAGACAGGUGUCAAUGGUGGCAGAAGUGGAACAAAAUGUAAAAGAGAAGAAACAGGGAUGCACGAUUCGAAGGAUGAACAGGGAAGGAAAGACAGGCAUAUUUUCUCAGGGCUCCUUCACACGCAUGCCUAUCACGUGACGAAGCCACAUCCACUGAUGUCUUGCAGGCGCUAUCAUACCAUCUCAAAACAUAAAUGCUUUUCAGCGGAAUCCAGUCACACAGAUCCAGCUGCGGCUGAUCAAUUAAAUGAGUAAUGAGAAAUCUAGGGGGUGUGAAGGUGAAGAAUCGGCUCUUAAAUUCAAAUAGCUGCUCACUCUGAAGUGUCAAAUGGCACAGGAGCUCUUUCUCUCUUUGUACAUCUUUUUAUACGUGCGCACACAGAGAGCACUGCAGGCGGAUGCUAAACCUGUACGAACAUGCAAUCCACUUUAAAAUUUACAAUGGGUUUUCAUAUUUGCUUUAUGCAAAUAUUAUUGCUACAAUUAAUAUUUUUUGCCUUGGGAAUCCAAAUUAAGAUGAAGCAGUGAGUGUUUUGCCCAGUGGUGAAUUUGGGGUGCGAUCCUGCAUACCAAUGAUGGCCCUCAAAUAUUGCUGGAAUACAACUCCCAUCGUCCCUGACCAUUGGGCAUGCUGACGGGGCCUGAUGGGUGUUGGGAUCCAGCAAUGACUGGAGGGCCAGAAGUUGCUUUGCUGUGUACACUUACAUACCUUCAAGUAAAUACCACUAAACUCUAGGGGCCUCAAGUUUCUAGAAGACACGUAUAGGAUUUCACUGGUAGAUCUGUGGCAUAAAUAUGGGUAGGCAUUCAAACCCUUUCAGUCCCUGAUCCAUGCUUCUCUGCAGUGAACAAUAUCACAUAUCUGUUGUUUUCUUAAACUAGGACAGGCAGAAUGUCUGGGGACCAAAGGAGAAGACGGGUUGGAAUUGUGGGCUAUGGGCAUCUAGGUAGGUGGCGUUUCUUGACAAUUUCCUUCCUCUGUCCAUCUGAUUCUUAAGAUGGCUUUCCUAGGCAAUGUGUUUUCUCCCUUUGUUGAGUACCUUUUCCCACUGUCCAGUCCUCUAUUAUGUCUUUUAUUUCAAAAUAAAAUUUAAAACACACACACACAAUGUGUUUCAUAAAACAAUUUACCCUGUCCUGGUUUGGAAAAGACCUGAUGAUUCUCAGAAUACUUGUUAUAUUACUAUUUUCAUUUGACAUUUGGAGGUCUGGCCCACGAACUUGGUGAUAAGAGUUCUCUGCACCAGUGAGUUUGUGGGCCAGAGUGGCUGAGAAACUGAGAGACCUGAAGGAUCGUUCCACCCAUCCCUGACCAUUGACUAUCCUGGCUGGGGCUGACGGGAGUCCGACAACAUUGGGAAGGGCGCAAGUUCCUCAUUCCUGCUAAAUUAUUUGUUUCUCUGUGUUGCCCUACCAUUGAUUUGUGCUGCAGGUGAAAGCUAGUGGGGAAGUUCUUUACUUCUAAAUGUACAGAGAUGAGGGUGGCACUGUGGUCUAAACCUCUGAGCCUCUUGGGCUUGUCAAUCGGAAGGUUGGUGGUUUGAAUCCCUGCGACGGGGUGAGCUCCCGUUGCUCUGUCCCAGCUCCUGCCAACCUAGCAGACACCAGUGCAAGUAGAUAAACAGGUACUGCUGUGGCGGGAAGGUAAACAGCGUUUCUGUGCACUCUGGUUUCCAUCAUGGUGUUCUCUUGUGUCAGAAGCGGUUUAGUCCUGGUGGCCACAUGACCCGGUAAGCUGUCUGUGGACAAAUGCCGGCUCCCUUGGCCUGAAAGCGAGAUGAGCCUUUGAUUAGACUUAAUCAUCCAGGGGUCCUUUACCUUUACAGUCAUACCUCAGGUUGAAUGUGCUUCAGGUUGAGCGCUUUCGGGUUGCGCUCCGCGGCAACCCAGAAGUAAUAGAGCACGUUACUUCCGGGUUUCGCCACUCACGCAUGCGCAGACGCUCAAAAUGACGUCAUGCGCGGAAGCGGCAAAACACGCCGUGUCUUACGUUCUAUUCAGGAUGUGAAUGUGGCUCUGGAACGGAUCCCGUUCGCAUCCUGAGGUACUUCUGUACUUCUGAAUGUAUUACUUCUUUAAGAAGAAAAUAAUUGCUUUGCAGGAUCAGAAUAAUAUCUUCCUGUUUUCCCACUGUGUCCAGACAGAUCUUUCUUGGCACUCACAAAACAGGGCAUGGAAACUGAUUCCUUCGCUGGGAACUCGAAAAGAUGCCACCCAAAGGACAAAAAUGAGCUCUGCAUCUUAAGAGAACACCAUUUCUCUCUCUCUCUCUGUCUUUGUUGUGAUGUUAGUCUGUGUCAGAGUUUGAGAAAUCCUGGGAAAUGGUGCCAGGAAUUAGUAGACGGGCAUUCGUGCCUCUGCAAGAAACAGAUUUGACGGGGCAGCAGGUGUUUGAGACACAGAGCCAAGUUCCUGGAUCUGUGAUACUUUUCUGUUCCACUUUCUGUCUCCAGGCCAGUACCUGGUGAAACGGCUACAAGAUGACGGACUCCGACAUGGGCUGGAGCUGGCCUUUGUUUGGAACCGGGAUGCCAGGAAGCUGGUGGGGAUAGUGCCAGAGGAGCUGCAGCUGGGGAAGCUGACAGACUUCUUGGAGCGGUGAGCAAGCAAGCCCAGCCAGGAGCUGGCUGCUUUCACACGUGUGUGUGUAAUGGCGAGGAUAAAGAAAAUGAACCACCAUGAACCAUGGGUGUAGCCAAGGAGGAGGAAGGGAGGGGCAGCUGCCCCCCCAAAUAGAUAAAAAUACAUAGCUGAGGUUCUGCCCCCCUAACAAAAGGCCUGCCCCCCCAUACAAAAAUCUUGGCUAUGCCCAUGCCACAAUACUUUGAGAUAAACACUCAGCCUGCAAUCCCUUGUACACCUACCUGGGAGUAAGUCUCAUCGAUCUCACUGGCACUCACAUCCAAGUAUGGGGGAAUUUAUCGGUCAAUUUCACUUUUUGCAAUCUUAAAUUUUGGUUGCCCCACCUUUCUGCAUCAGCCUGUGAUAUACCGUAUUUUUCGCUCCAUAGGGCGCACCGGACCAUACGGCGCACCUAGUUUUUAGGGGGGGAAAUAAAAAAAACAAUUAUUCCCCCCCAGCCACGGGGCUGGGGACGGUGGAAGCCCAUGCUUCCCCCGACCCCAGCCCCCAGAACAGGCUGCUAUCCGCAAGCUUUUGGAGCCCGAAGGCUUGCGGAUAGCUGCCUGAAGCCCGGGGAGCGGGCAGAGGGAGUUGGCGCUGCGCUCCCCAGGCUUCAGGCUGCUAUCUGCAAGCCUUCGGAGCCCGGCGGGAACUCCCGCCGUGCUCAGAAGGCUUGCGGAUAGCUGCCUGAAGCCUGGAGAGCGAGAGGGGUCGGUGCGCACCGACCCCUCUUGCUCUCCAGGCUUCAGCGAAAGCCUGCAUUCGCUCCAUAGGACGCACACACAUUUCCCCUUCAUUUUUGGAGGGGAAAAAGUGCGUCCUAUAGAGCGAAAAAUGCAGUAUAUAUAGCCGUACCUUGGUUGUCAAACGCCUUGGAAGUCGGAGGUUUUGGCUCCCAAAUGAUCCAAACCCGGAAAUGACUGUAUUCGAGUGUUCUUCUGGAAGCCGAACAUCUGAUUGGGCUUCCGUGGCUUCCGAUCGGCUGCAGGAGCUUCCUGCAGCCAAUCAGAAGCUGUCAUUUGGAAGUUGAAUGCUUUGGAAGUCCAAUGAACUUCUGGAACAGAUUCCGUUCGACUUCCAAGAUACGACUGUAUAUGUUUUAAGUCCUCAUGAAAAUUCACCAGCAUUUUAGUGCAAUUUCUUCUAAUAGACAAUACACUGGUAAUUUUUUGUAUAAUAUAUACAUUUUUGCAAUGAAACAUCCCCUAAUAUAUUUUUAUAUGUUAUUUUCAUAUUUUCAUACACAUCACUUACCUGGAGAACUGCCUUGCAAAAUUCAGAGGAAUGUGAAUUUCAAAGGAUGUGUUUCAGUUCAUAUAUCAUUUUGGAAAGUGUGAAUUAUGUAGGUUUACCUUAAAAUGUGAAUUGAGUCUCAUUUCUCCCCCAUCUCUGCAUCCAAGUAAGCAGUCCUAGGAUUGCACUGACCAUUCACAAUGUUGCCUUAGCUCAUUGACAGAGCAGAUACUUUGCAUGCCAAAGGUUUUGUUGUUGUUGGUACCCCACCCAUCUGACUAGGUUGCCCCAGCCACUCUGGGUGGUUUCCAACAUAUAUUUAUACAUAAAUUUAACAUUAAAAAAAAACUUCCCUAUACAGGGCUGCCUUCAGAUAUCUUCUAACGGUUGUAUAGUUACUUAUCUCCCUGAUAUCUGAUUGGAGGGUGUUCCACGUGGUGGGUGCCACUACCGAAAAGACCCUCUGCCUGGUUCCCUGUAACUUCACUUUUUGCAGUGAGGGAACUGCCAGAAGGCCCUCAGAUCUGAACCUUAGUGUCUGGGCUGAACGAUGGGGGUGGAGACGCUCCUUCAGGUUUACAGGCCCGAGGCCUUUUAGGGCUUAAAAGGUCGGUAGCAACACUUUGAAUUGUGCUCGGAAACGUGCUGGGAGCCAAUGUAGGUCUUUCAGGACCAGUGUUAUAUGGUCUUGGAAGCCGCUCCCAGUCACCAGUCUGGCUGCCGCAUUCUGGAUUAGUUAUAGUUUCCAAGUCACCUUCAAAGUUAGAGCGCAUUGCAGUAGUGCAAGUGGGAGAUAACCUGGGCAUGCACCACCCUGGCAAGACAGUGCGCAGGCAAGUUGGGUUCAAUCCCCAGCUUCUCCAGGUAGGGCUAAGAAAAGUCUGGAGAGCUGCAAAUCAGAGUCGUCCAAAGAUGGGGGACUUCAGGGUGGGGGACGUAGCUGUCAACCGUCCCUUAUUUGGCGGGAAAGUCCCUUAUCCCAGCUCCAUGUCCCGCUGCUGUCUCUUAUUGAUGAUGUCCCUUAAAUUUCCCGGGUUUCAAAGGAAGCAGCUCCUCUCCCUCCCUCCCUGCCGGCCAGGGAGGAGGGAGGCUCCAACUGUGUUGCUUGGCUGCAUUGCUCACCCAAUAAGGAGUCUAAGAACGACUGGGGGGUGGAGCUUGCAUGCCUUGUACCAAUCAAAUCGGCUGCAUUGCCUGGGGACUCGCCUUUGCUCAGCGCUUCCCAGCAGAGAGGUGACAGUGGUUUUCCUUGCUGCAUCCCCUUUGCCGGGUUGCUGCACUGUGGGAACCACCGCUUGAGGCUUUGUUUGGCUGCUGGCUGGGCUUUCUGCAUUUGGCUCGGAGGGGCUCAGAAGUUGAACAUACCUGUGUUCUGAAAAUCCCUUAUUUUGGCUGCUGAUCCCUUAUUUUCGAGUCUGCUGGUCCCUUAUUUUCAAAUCUGUAAGUUGACAGCUAUGGUGGGGGACCAGAUUGCCAUUCCCCACACUUGCCACUAAAGUUUGGCUUGGACCUUCAUCCAGAAUGUCCUUGGCACAAUUACAAACCCAGCCAUCUUACCAUGCCUCUCUCCUCUCUCCAAAGGCGGGCUGACGUCAUCAUUGAAGUGGCCCAUCCCUGCAUUGUCCAAGAUCACGGGGAGUCCUUUCUGAAAGCUGCAGAUUUCAUGGUAAGGCCUGCAGGUGCCUUCAGAAAGAGGCAUCUGGCACCAGGACAGCCCCUUCAAGGUGUGGUUAGUUAGAUCGCCUUUCUGACCUUGGCUUGGUUCAAUGAGAAUCAUCGUUCUCCCCCCCCCCCACAUUUCUGCCCUGCCCCAAACACAUUUUUAUUCUUCCCAUCAACACAAUCCCCUGGGUGAUAUACAAAACUUUUUAUUUCAAAGGCAGAAUAGAAAAUAGAAUCCAAAGAAAGCAAAAGCCAGUAUCAAACAAAUAUCUCCUCCGUCAACAAAAUCAGCAUAAAAUCCAUAUGACAUAGCCUAAAACCCAGCAUCAAAAGAUCUAAAUUGCAUGAUACAGGUAGUAUUGAAAGAGCUAGGAGAAUAAAAAGGGUCUUCAUUUGACACAGAAAAGGUGUUAUUGCAGUUGCCAGGUGAGUCUGUCUGGGGGGAGUGUUCCAUAACUUUCCCCCGCCCCAGGGGCCACCUGCAUCCAGAGAAGUGCUUCUUGCCUCAGUCAUAGAAUCAUGGAAUUGUAGAGCUGGAAGGGACCUCUAAGGGCCAUCUAGUCCAACCCUCUGCAAUGCAGGAAUCACAGCUAAAGAAUUUCUAACGGAUGCCCACCCAUCAUAUCAGACGACACAGCGAUUCUCCAAACAGCUCUUGUUUAUUCACAGGUCAGAACAGAACUGAGGUGUUCAGCCAGCCUGCUUAUAUAGAGCUCCAGUACAAUGUAACUGUAACAACUUUCUGUAACUAUCCAAUCACUGAACGUCACUUUCGAUCCCUUAUUUGCAUAUGUGGACCUGAACUAUCUACAUUAUCCCCCUGCUGGCCCAGGGUGAGAACUUCAGUACAUAACACAACCUAUCUCAAAACUUCCAAAGGAGGAGAGUCCAUCACCUUCCGAGCUGGCCUGUUCAGAAUGUUCUCCCUAAAGUUUUCUCGGGAUCUCCCUUCUUGUCAUUUUCAUCCAUUGGUUUGGGUCCUCCCUUCCGGAGUAGCAGAAAACAAGCUUCCUCCAUCUUCCAUGGGACAGCCCUUCAGAUAUUGGAAGGUGGCUACCAUGUCGCUUCUCAAUCUUCUCUUCUUCAGGCUGAACACACCCAACUCCCUCAACCAUUCCUCAUCAGGCUUCCAGACCCUUUAUCAUGUUGGCUGCCUUCCCCUGCACACUUUCCAGCUUGUCAAUAUGCAAGUCACCUGGAAGCAAAUGAACCUAACCAUGUGUUGGCAGCUGGCUUCAUUUUUAUUUAUUUUUUAAUGUUCUGGGCUGGCAAAUUUUAAGUGAGGCUGUUCUGAUGCUGUUUGUAUAACAUAAACAGUCCUGCAGAUUUUGCCCUUUCUUUACAUUUGUCAAUGGUUCUGCACUGUGCAAUAGUGUCGUUGUGAACCAGUUUUACCGUGACCAGCCAUUGGCAUUGUGUGCAUUGUGUGUGUGUGUGUGUGUGAGAGAGAGAGAGAGAGAGAGAGAGAGAGAGAGAGAGAGAGAUUUCUCUCACCUAUUUAUUUUGUAAAGCUUUGUUUUGUUCUGCUAACAGCAUAGUUCUGGUCUAGAGCUCAGAAAUUUAUAAAAAUAACCACAGGAGCAUUUAAACAUCACACAGUGUUAUUUAUAGGGACCAGACAAAAGACAACAACCUCCAAACACUCCAGAUGAUUUCUGGUGUCCAGACAGAAGGCCUGCAAUAAACAGAGACAAUUUGGGCUUGUCUUAUUAAGGGAACAUGCAUGUUCCUUUUCAUUCAGCCUCCCUCCACCCCUCGCCCACGAUUCAAACCUCACAAAUCUAGCAUCUGUCUUUUGCCGCUUCUGCCGGAAAAGUUUCUCAUCUCAGCCUUGACCGUGUUGUGCAAAUAGAUUUUGCUUUUGUCUUCCUAUAUGCUCUUGUGGUUAAAGCCUGCACAAUCCAAAAAAACCUGAACAGUUCUGCAGCUGCUCCAAAUCACUUAAAAAUAAACAAAACCCCAAUUUAACUUUUGGCUCAAUAGAUGAUGUUGAUGGUUCUGUUGCCCUUGGGAGAUGCCUGUGAAAUGGGAGGCAGGAAUCGAACCACACAACAGUCGCAGAUGGUGCUUCCAUCUCUUCUUCAAAAGAGAGAGUGGAGGGUGAUUUCGACUAGUACGCUUUGCAUGGUUGUCCAUCACUUGGAUGCUGAAUCUCAACAGGUGGCAAAUGGAUCAGAUCUGAGAUCCUGAGGGCUCCCCUUCCUGCUUUACAUUUUCUUUCCACACCUAGGAAGCUGCCUGAUGUUUAAUCAGGGCACUCAUUGAUCCCCCAUUGCUCAGUACUAACUACACUGGAGGUGGCUGACAUGGUGUCUUCCAGACUUUGGUUAUGUCUCUGUUCCCACCUGUCUCCUCCUAGGACUUCCCUUCUUAAAACCCUUGCCCCUGUCAGGAGGUCCUACACACAAGUAGGAGUUCGGCAGAGACACACGCCCAACUGGCAUGUUCUCUCCCUCCUGGUCAUUCGUUCGGGAGAUUCAAAAGCUUUCUCCAGCCCAAACAUCACAGUGACUGAUACAAAGAGGCAUCAGCACACUUCAGGAUCAGCAGAGUAUAGGCAGUAAGCGUUCAGAUUCAGUAGUGCAGCAAUUUAGCUAAACUAUGUUUAUUUACAUACCGUAUUUUAUGAUCUAUAAGACUCACUUUUUCCCUCCUAAAAAGUAAGGGGAAAUGUGUGUGCGUCUUAUGGAGCGAAUGCAGGCUGCACAGCUAUCCCAGAAGCCAGAACAGCAAGAGGGAUCGCUGCUUUUGCUGCGCAGCGAUCCCUCUUGUUGUUCUGGCUUCUGAGAUUCAGAAUAUUUUUUUUCUUAUUUUCCUCCUCCAAAAACUAGGUGCGUCUUAAGGUCUGGUGCGUCUUAGAGAGCGAAAAAUACGGUAUGUACACUCGGAGCAUCGUAACUCAGCUCCUUCCUCUUCAGCAUCAGGCAGCAAAGAGAAAGGACAAAGGACAAAUGACCUACAUCACGGAAACACAGUAAUACAAACAUCCUGUCUCCGUCACUUCCCACAUUGUGGAAUGAAAACAUACACCAUCAUGUGAUAUAAACAAUCCCAUGACUGCAACACGGGAAAAGAAUCCUAACAGGCCCACCCCCACUGCUUAUCCCACUGAAAAUGAACUUCCUUCCAACCCCACUGCUCUGGUCAGAUGCUAAUUUCUCCCACAUUCUGUCUGCAUUCAACAAAAUAAAUUAUUUGCCAUUAAAUACAUGGGGAGGUGUAGCCAGUCUGCACCCAAAUCAUCAUUCUCCCUCUAGCUUCCCAACACCAGCAGCUGCAAAGUAAACGUUUCUACAUUCUCCUAGGUGGGAUCGCCAACGGCCUUGGCAGAUUUAGACACCGAGCUUAAAUUACGCAAAGCUGCAAGAGAGGCCGGGCACACCCUCUAUAUCCCCAGUGGGGCUCUAUGGGGUGGACAAGACAUCCAGAGGUUGGAUGACGGAGGGUUACUUCAGGUAAGAUCCCAGAGGGGGGCAUCGCAUUGGCAGUGCGAGUAGGUAAAUGGGAAGACUGGAAAGAGGAAGGGGUGUGUGGCAGUAUAUUAACUAUCAGAAUUGAUUUGAUUGAUUGCAGAUUUAUAAACCACUUCAUCAAAAAAGGUCUUCAAGCAGUGUAAAAACAUACGUUUUUUGUUUACAUUGUAAUCCUGGCUUUAUUUCAUGACAGAACUAGGUGGUGAUGCCCAACUGCAUCACAUACUCUUAAAUCAUGCCCUAUUAUGAAAUAUUGCUAAUCCAGAAUUUAGCAAAUAAAUAAGCAGCGAUUUGACUUUUAGAAGACCUCUGAAGGCAGCCCUGUUCAGGGAAGUUUUUAAUGGGUGAUACUGUAGAUAGCCGUGUUGGUCUGCCAUAGUCGAAACAAAAUAAAAAAACUCCUUCUAGGUAUCUGAAGAAGUGUGCAUGCACACGAAAGCUCAUACCAAUAACAAACUUAGUUGGUCUCUAAGGUGUUACUGGAAGGAAUUUUUUUUUAUUUAAUGGGUGAUGUUUUAUUGUGCUUUUAAUAUUUUGUUGGAAGCUGCCCAGAGUGGCUUGGGCAACCAAGUCAUAUGGGCUACAUUCUUCUUCUUCUUCUUCUUCUUCUUCUUCUUCUUCUUCUUCUUCUUAUCUACAGUGGUACCUCGGGUUAAGAACUUAAUUCGUUCUGGAGGUCUGUUCUUAACCUGAAACUGUUCUUAACCUGAAGUACCACUUUAGCUAAUGGGGCCUCCCGCUGCUGCCGCACCGCGAUUUCUGUUCUCAUCCUGAAGCAAAGUCCUUAACCCAAGGUACUAUUUCUGGGUUAGCGGAGUCUUUAACCUGAAGCGUCUGUAACCCGAGGUACCACUGUACACUGAAAUGUUUAACUAUUUUUUGAUGGUUCCUUAAAUCUCCCUGUCACACUUGCCAUCCUCUUCUGUCACACCACACCCCUUGAAAACCUCUGAUCUAAGUGCCUGGAAGGCAAAUUCUCCGACUCUUAUCCUUCCAUCUUCUAGGCAUUGACUGUUACAAUGGUGAAACACCCCAGCAGCUUCCGAGUGGGUGGGCACCUGGGGGAGCUUGCGAAAGGUGCCCAGCAGGAACGCGUGGUCCUCUACGACGGCCCUGUGCGGAGAUUGUGUCCCUUGGCUCCCAACAACGUCAACACCAUGGCAGCAGCCUGCAUGGCCGCCCCCAGCCUGGGCUUCGACGGUGUGAAAGGCUGUCUUAUAGCUGACCCCAAGUGAGUCCCUGGCCUCUGCCUGCCGCCUGGGUGGGAAUGCUGGCAAACUGAUGGCGCCUGCCAGCAUCCUACUUAAAAGCUCCAGUCUAACUGACUGCUCUUCCCCACCACAGCCUCCCCGAUUACCACGUGGUGGAGAUCGAUGCCACUGGACAAGGUGGCUUCUCCGUCAGCACGAAGCGCAAGAACCCAGCUGCCUGUGGGGCCGUCACAGGGGCAGCCACUUUUGCCGCUUUCUGGAGCAGCCUGUUAGGUGAGGAUGAAACCCCCUAGUCCAGCAUCCUGUUCUCAGGAAGGGCAGUCAAGCGCCAACGGGAAGCUUGUAAGCGAGAUCUGAGUGUGACAGCAACUUCCCCACUUCCUAAUUCUCCAAUAUGAUGGUGCCACGUUUUGCUCUGAUCAUGACUCUUAAUGCUAACUGCAUCCUUGUACCCUCCAACACUUCUCCGAUGAAAAUAGGGACGUCUUAAUCAAUAAUAAUAAUAAUAACUUUACUGUUUACUAUUUAUACUAUUGCAUACCUUCCAACAUUUCUCCAAUGAAAAUAGGGAAGUCAUAUUGAAUAAUAAGAAUAAGAAUAAUACCCCACCCAUCUGACUGUGUUGCCCCAGCCAUGCUGGGUGGUUUCCAACAUACCAGUACAUAAAAACCUAAUAAAACACUAAACGUUUAAAACAGCUUCUCUUUGGGUGGCUCGGGGGUUGCAUAACUCCAUACCCUCCAACAUUUCUCUGAUGAAAAUAGGAAAGUCCUAAGGAAAAGUGGAAAAGGGACGUGGGUGGCGCUGUGGGUUAAACCACAGAGCCUAGGACUUGCCGAUCAGAAGGUCGGUGGUUCAAAUCCCCACGACAGGGUGAGCUCCCGUUGCUCGGUCCCUGCUCCUGCCAACCCAGCAGUUCGAAAGCACAUCAAAAGUGCAAGUAGAUAAAUAGGUACUGCUCCGGCGGGAAGGUAAACAGCAUUUCCGUGCGCAGCUCUGGUUGGCCAGAAGCGGCUUAGUCAUGCUGGCCACAUGACCUGGAAGCUGUAUGCCGGCUGCCUCGGCCAGUAAAGCGAGAUGAGCGCCGCAACCCCAGAGUCGGCCACGACUGGACCUAAUGGUCAGGGGUCCCUUUACCUUUACUUUAAUCAAUAAUAAUAAUAAUAAUAAUUUUACUAUUUACUAUUUACACUAUUGCAUAUCGUCCAACAUUUUUCCAGUGAAAAUAGGGAAGUCAUAUUCAAUACUAAAAAUAAGAAUAAGAAUAAGAAUAAGAGUAAGAAUAAGACUGCCCAUCUGACUGUGUUGCCCCAGCCAUGCUGGGUGGUUUCCAACAUACAUAAAAACCUAAUAAAACACUAAACAUUUAAAACAACUUCUCUUCGUGUGGCUUGGGGGUUGCAUAACUCCAUACCCUCCAACAUUUCUCUGAUGAAAAUAGGAAAAGUCCUAAGGAAAAGCAGGACCUUGUGGGAUCAAAUCAGAAACCGGGAUGGCAUCUGUAAAUCUGGGACUGUCCCUGGAAAAUAGGGACACUUGGAGCAUCUGCUCUUAAUGCCAACUGCAUCGUCAAUCCAUUGCUGUAGCAUUGUACAGAGCCAGUUUCUGGCUCUUUCCGUUACAGAGAUCUAAGGGAAAGUAUGCAGGUGGUAUUCUAUGUCCCAGGGGUGGGGAUCCUGGGGCCUCCGAGGCCAAAUGCUUGUCUGCACACCUUGCUUGGUGCUCUCCCAGCCCACAUCUCCUCCCCUGACCACAGCUUGCAUUGUCCCUGCUCCACAACCUCUAGAACAGUGGUUCUCAACCUGUGGGUCCCCACAUGUUGUUGGACUACAACUCCCAUCAUCCCUGAGCUCUGGCCUUGCUAGCUAGGGGUGAUGGGAGUUGUAGUUCAACAACAUCUGAGGACCCACAGGUUGAGAAAGGCUGCUGUAGAAUGUCUUCUUCGACUGUGAUGACACCCCUUCCUUGCCUGGAUUGGAGGGCUGUGUGUUUAGAAACAGAUGACUUCUGCAUGGCUGGAAAACGUUCCCCAUCCCUGUUAUAUACGAAUAGCAAACUCAUUUUCUAUGUUGUGAAGCUUAUGUAGCCAAAGCAGAACCCUCCGUGCACAAAAAAGGGAGGUAUCUGCAGGCUUGGGGGAACCCAAGGUUUGCAGCACCCAUCAUCAUCAUCAUUUUUAGUGGGGGAAAGCCCUAAGGGGGGGGGACUCACCCUGAGCAUGGGAACAGCGAACUCCAUCCGCUCACCUGGAAGCAAACUCCAUUGAACACAAUAGGACUUACUUCUGAGCAGAAGUGUAUAGAAUUGCCCGGUUCAUCUUCUGUUCUCCAUCGUGAGUGGCCCUGUUGGGCGAUGGGGUUUGGCAGUUCUUUGGGCUCUGACUUUUCUUUUCCUUUCCACAGUGUGCCAAGGCCACGGAGGCCGAGUCUAUCUGUGCUGAGCUUUAUUGCAUCUGUUCUCUAGAGGAUUCCCAGACGAUCUCUGUGGGUGCCAGAGGUUCAGUUGUAGGGAGCUGAGAAGGCCGGGAAAGAAGAGACAUACCAGCUUCAAACCCCCUGCACGCCUUUAAUCCAUCAACUCUAUAAACAUCCAUCUAUCUCUGCCUCCUUCCAUUUCCAGCAGCCUUCUUGUCUCGCACCCGCCAUCCACAAGCAAUCUGGAUUCUGCAGUCCUGUGUACACUUACUUAGGAGCAAGUCCCAUUUGGCCUAUUAGAGAGAUGCCCUCAAGAGUCUUUCAUAUGAUUCAAGGGUGUUUUAGAGGAACAGGGAAGGGCUCUUCCAAGUGCCACUCACGGUAAUAUUGCUGCAACACUGGCGAGUUAAAAUAUCCCCCGGUGAUUGAGGAGCAGGCGGAACACAUAUUAUUGUCAAUUAGAGAAAAUGGAAGAGAUGUGGGGAAAGACCAGGCAAGAUAAUCUGACUGGCCUUCCUCAACUGUUAUACUAAAUAUCUAAUUAUAAGAAUAUAUGAGGAAAGAAGCCUCUUAACCUGGCUCGUUUUCCCCCCCCCUUUCCCCUUCCCUUUAAAAAAAAUACUCAUUAAUACUUCAAUUUCUCUCUCUUUUUUACGUGGCACUGUUUAUUAUUGAUUAGAGGCUACCACCCAACUUAGGAAGACUUGCAUUACAAUUCUAAACAGGCUCACAGAGGAAUAAGGCCUACUGAAUUUAAUGGCACUUACUCCCAGAGUAAAAUAUGCUUAGGCUCACGCUGUUAGUUUAUUGGCAGGGUCCAGGGUAUCGUCUGAAGGCACAUAAGGAGACCAUCUUGUUGAAGAUAAGCGGUCUGGGUUUGAUCAAUGGCUGGAUGGGUCACUAGCAGGGAACCACACUUACAGGAUCAUGGAAUCUUAUGCUGCCUGGGGUUCCAUGAUUGAAAAAUAGUGGGAUAGAACUGCAGUUAAAUAAAUAAUAUUAUUAAUAAUAUGGGAUGCAGCCUGAUUCAUCAGUUAAGACUGCCUCACAUUUGUAGGAGGAUGAAAUACAGUGGUACCUUGGGUUAAGUACUUAAUUCGUUCCGGAGGUCUAUUCUUAACCUGAAACUGUUCUUAACCUGAAGCACCACUUUAGCUAAUGGGGCCUCCUGCUGCCGGAGCAUGAUUUCUGUUCUCAUUCUGAAGCAAAGUUCUUAACCAGAAGCACUAUUUCUGGGUUAGCAGAGUCUGUAACCUGAAGCGUAUGCAACCUGAAGCGUAUGUAACCCGAGGUACCACUGUACUACAUUUGAAGGGGAGACACUAAAACGAAUGACUGAGAAUGGCCAUUGAAAUAUAUUGGCUGCCCCUCACUGGGCUGGGAGAGCACCAAGUGAGGGGAAGCCAAUAUAUUUCAAUGGCCACAUCAGGGUACACUAAAUUUCAUAAUGGGCCUUUAGAAUGCCAUUGUAAGAGCGCAUUUUGAGGAGCGCUUUGUUGAAUACACAGCGGGUUGUGAGGCUCUGUAUCUACAAAUGGCCGAAGAAAAAUGGGAUGGUCAUCUUGAGUGGUCAUUAGAACACACACCUGGAGAACUGUCACAAAGACAAAAGCAGAACUAGAUCAAAUGGGCUUAAAUUACAGGAGGAUAGGUUUUGUAGGAAUGUAGGAAUCUGCCUUGUACCAAGCUAGAGAGCUCUGGCCCAUCUAGCUGAAGCUUGAAUCUUGAGACUGAACCUGCUCAGCCAUGGGACCAAUUGGCUACAGGAGUGGUGGAGAUGCUGGAGAUCUUCAAACAUUGUUUGGGGGGUACGCUAGCUCUGCGACAGUGGCUCUGUAAGGCAGGGUUAGCCAAAAUGGGGUAUUUUAGAUGUUGUGGACUACAGCUCUUAUCAGCCACAGACAACAUGGUGAAUAGCUAGGAAUGAUGGGAGUUGUAGUCCAAAAAUCCAGAGACACCGUGUUGGCUGCCCCUGCUGUAAGACAUAUUAUUAUUCUGAUAAUACGUAUGUAUGUUACAUGCUAUGCUAAUGUGUUAAAAAUUAAACAAAUUGCAGUUGCCUAGAAUGAAGAAUUGGAUUAACAGAGAAGAUGCCAGAGGAAAAAAGUUAACGUAAGGACCCACAAAGGAGAGAAGUCCAUGGGAAGUUAAGGAAUUCCCUUUUUGUUUUGGUUAUGUCGGACAUUGCAGUGCACAGCCAAGAAGGAAUGACUGCGGAAAGUAAGAAGUGUGCCUGCUAGUUCCUUCUUGCCAAAUCCACACCAUAUAGUUGGCAGUAAUGUCAGAUGUUAGGAAGAUGUGCCUCAAUUUUGGCCUUUCAGAGCUCUAUGAAAGUUUUAAGUGUUGCCACCUUUCCGGACAGGCGCCCACCAACAGUCAGCUUCUGCUAACAAAGGUGCAGCGGUAGCAUGAGCUGCACCUGUGGAACUUCUGUCUGUCAGAGCUCUUGAAAAGCAUGAGAUUUCUGUUAAAAGGUAAAGGUAAAGGGACCCCUGACCAUUAGGUCGUCGUGACCGACUCUGGGGUUGCGGCGCUCAUCUCACUUUAUUGGCCGAGGGAGCCGGCGUACAGCUUCCGGGUCAUGUGGCCAGCAUGACUAAGCCCCUUCUGGCGAACCAGAGCAGUGCACGGAAACGCCGUUUACCUUCCUGCCGGAGCAGUAUCUAUUUAUCUACUUGCACUUUGACGUGCUUUCAAACUGCUAGGUUGGCAGGAGCAGGGACCGAACAACGGGAGCUCACCCCGUCGCGGGGAUUUGAACCAUCAACCUUCUGAUCGGCAAGUCCUAGGCUCUGUGGUUUAACCCACAGCGCCACCCGCGCCCCCGAGAUUUCUGCUAGUGGGCUGGAAAUUGCACAAAUGAAGACUCCGUUCCAGGAACGUGUUAUUAGGAUGGGCAGAUGGGCAGAAGGAGGACAAGGGCUCCUAAUAUACCCACAGCUGCAUAGAAAAGGGAAUUUAAGCAGGAGAGGCUCCAAGACUGCUACUGACAAACACCUUUAUCUUGGAGACCAGUGUAAGCAGAUGAAAACACUAGCGGGAUUGCAAUAACACUUGUAAUGUAGCAAGUACUAUGGAGAUAAUGGAGUUGUAUUAAAUAUGGUCUAUUGAAAAAAAUAUGCAGUUGAAAAGGUUAAUAAUAGGACCCACAGUGGGGAAGGUGGGAAGUCCAGAGGUUUGGAGGAAUCUUUUUUUAUAUAUAAUUUUUAUUAAGUUCUGUUUUGCAUACAUCCAUAUACAUCUUCCAUCCUUAAUUUGAGCUACACCUAGGAAUAAACAGUUACAUAAGAAAAGAGAUAAAGAAAAAAUUGCAUAGCCACUAAAUAUCUUUCCCACCACCCGUUCCUCAUACUUAUUAUAUUUAAUUAUCAAACCUUAAAUAUUCUAAUCUUUUGGGUUCACUUCCGUCCACCACCUCAAUUUGAGUCAAUUUUUCCUUUUCCUUAACUGCCUUCUUUAGAUGUUUUCCACUUCUUGGUAUUAGAUUGUUUGGUUAUAAUAACUGUUUUUGUCUUUUGCAAAAAUUAAUCAAAGCAGAAUAAAGGUUUUAUUUGAG